UGUAGGUCCGUGAGUGUAUGUGCAUGAAGAGGGACAGCUCUCCAAUCUCUGCCAUAUCUCCAAAUUAAAUGGCUUGGGAAACUCACAAGUGGAAAUUCUCCUGAGUGUUCUUUAACUUGGUUAUUCUCAGGGUGGUUUAUAUCAGGAAAAAUGGGAGGCUUUAUUGCUAAGAUGUUGCUGCCUACCAUCAGCAGUUUGGUGUUUCUGCCUGCAGCCAGUGUUGCUGCAAAAAGAGGCUUCCACAUGGAGGCCAUGGUUUACUUCUUUACAAUGUUCUUCACAUCGAUUUAUCAUGCAUGUGAUGGACCAGGCCUGUCUGUUCUGUGCUUCAUGAAAUAUGAGAUUUUGGAAUACUUCAGUGUUUAUGGAACAUCAGUCUCUAUCUGGGUUACAUUAUUAGCUCUAGGAGAUUUCGAAGAGCCUAAGCGUUCAACGCUCACCAUGUUUGGAGUGCUUACCUCUGCUGUGAGGAUAUACCAGGACCGCUGGGGCUACGGGAUCUACUCUGGCCCCAUUGGUACAGCUGUGCUCAUGAUCACAGUGAAAUGGUUACAAAAAAUGAAAGAAAAAAAGGGCCUGUACCCAGACAAAAGUGUGUAUACUCAGCAAGUGGGACCAGGAUGCUGCUUUGGAGCCCUGGCUUUGAUGCUUCGCUUCUAUUUUGAGGAGUGGGACUAUGCUUAUGUGCACAGUUUUUACCACCUGUCAUUGGCUGUUUCCAUCGUACUUCUGCUUCCGAAGAAGAACCGCUAUGCAGGGACAGGACGCAAUGCAGCCAAACUCAACUGCUACACACUCUGCUGCUGUGUAUGAUUUAUGCUGAAACUCAUUUCUUUUAGCAGUAGUGCUAGAAAGCAUGGUUUUAGUUAAAUAGUGGUGCACAAAAUACUUAUUUACUGAGCAUUAACUGUUGAAUCCUAAACUGUAUUUUUUUAUUUUUUUUUUGACUGGUUUGGUCAUAGACAUCGCAAUCACCAGUAAAAGCGAAUGCUCGUACUAUUUGGACGACACCCCAAAAGCCCUGGAAGCGGGUAUGCAGACCUGGCCUUCCAUUUCACCACUCCCA